ACUUCAUGUAUUUUUCCGUUGGUGAUGGAACUGGCAUCGGUGUUGCGAAAUCGACCACGGGAAAACCUGAGGGUCCCUAUGAAGACGUCCUCGGUGAACCUCUAGUUAAUGGUACAGUGUAUGGGGCGGAGGCCAUUGAUGCCCAGAUAUUUCAAGAUGAUGAUGGCCGGAAUUGAUUGUAUUUUGGGGGUUGGAGUCAUGCAGUUGUUGUGGAAUUGGGCGAGGAUAUGAUUAGUCUGAAGGGGGAUUAUUUGGAGAUUACCCCGGAGGGUUAUGUGGAGGGACCGUGGAUGUUGAAGAGGAAUGGGAUAUAUUAUUAUAUGUUUUCGGUUGGGGGAUGGGGCGAUAAUUCAUACGGGGUCAGUUAUGUCACGGCUGAUUCGCCGACGGGGCCGUUCUCGAGUACACCAAAGAAGAUUCUACAAGGGAAUGAUGCCGUUGGCACGAGUACUGGGCACAAUAGUGUGUUUACGCCGGAUGGACAAGAUUACUAUAUUGUCUAUCAUCGUCGAUAUGUCAACGACACGGCCCGGGAUCAUCGCGUGACUUGUAUAGAUCGCAUGUACUUCAAUGAGGCUGGGGAAAUCCUACCGGUGAAUAUCACUCUAGAGGGUGUUGAGGGGAGGGCUUUAUCGUAGUGGGUAUAUAUACUGUAUAUAUAUUCAUAAGAAGGGGAAG